AUGACAGAACUGGAGACAGCCAUCAGCAUGAUCAUCGACGUCUUUGCCAAGUACGCGGGCAGCGAGGGCAGCAAGCAGAGCCUGACCAAGGGCGAGCUGAAGGCGCUCAUGGAGAAGGAGCUCCCCGGCUUCCUGCAGAAUGGAAAAGAGAAGGACGCUGUGGACAAACUGCUCAAGGACCUGGACGCCAACGGCGACGCCGAGGUGGACUUCAGCGAGUUCAUGGUGUUCGUGGCUGCGCUCACGGCUGCCUGUCACAAGUAUUUCGAAUAA